ACUGAGUACCCACAUUGCCACGUGUCAAGCCAUCAACCUCUGAGAAAAUCUGCAUGGAAAUCCACACUAGUUUAUGAGAGCCAAUAGGAGGUUGGUGACGUGUAGAUUUCCUUAUCCAAAACAUCUUCAAAUUCCUUAUUAUAACGUUCGAUUGCAAACUCAGUACUUCCUCAAAAUACAUACCAAAGAUAUAUCAAAACAAACUAAGAAAGGUUAUAGAGAGUAACCUAAGCUUUAACACAAACCCUUUAUAUGGCCACCUCUGCUAUUCAACAGUCGGCCUUUGCCGGCCAGACUGCUCUGAAACAGUCCAAUGAGCUCGUCAGGAAGGUCGGCGGCGGCAGCAGUGGUGGCCGUGCCACUAUGAGGAGAACUGUUAAAAGUGCUCCCCAGAGCAUCUGGUAUGGCCCAGAUCGUCCAAAGUACUUGGGCCCAUUCUCAGAACAAAUUCCAUCAUACCUGAAUGGUGAAUUUCCAGGUGACUAUGGAUGGGACACAGCUGGAUUAUCAGCUGACCCAGAAACAUUCGCUAGAAACCGUGAACUUGAGGUCAUCCACAGUAGAUGGGCUAUGCUUGGGGCACUUGGCUGUGUUUUCCCAGAGAUUCUAUCCAAGAACGGUGUCAAGUUUGGUGAGGCAGUGUGGUUCAAGGCCGGUUCACAAAUCUUCUCAGAAGGUGGGCUCGAUUACCUUGGCAACCCAAACCUUGUCCAUGCUCAGAGCAUCUUAGCCAUUUGGGCUACCCAAGUUGUUCUAAUGGGCUUUGUUGAGGGUUACAGAGUUGGUGGAGGCCCACUUGGUGAGGGCUUAGACCCAAUCUACCCUGGUGGAGCUUUUGACCCAUUGGGCCUUGCUGAUGACCCAGAUGCUUUUGCUGAGUUGAAGGUUAAGGAACUCAAGAAUGGAAGGUUGGCUAUGUUUUCAAUGUUUGGGUUCUUUGUUCAGGCCAUUGUUACUGGCAAAGGUCCAGUUGAGAACCUCUUUGAUCAUCUUGCUGAUCCAGUAACCAACAAUGCUUGGGCCUAUGCCACAAACUUUGUCCCUGGAAAAUGAGAAAAUAAAACCCAAAUGCUUUGUUAAUUAAUAAUGUACGUUCUCCUUUUCUUUCUUUAGUUGUAAUGACUUAAUUUACCUAAAAAAAUUGGUGCUCUAGUUGAAGCUUUUUCUAUCUUUGUACUGAUCAAUUAAGCUCUGCUUCUAUAUAUAUAUAUGGUUUGCUAUGUGCUUGAAAA